AUUUGUGACAAGACGAACAUAAAGAGUGAAGAACGCAAUUUGAUGAGCUCCAAAAUGAGUGUCUCUGAAAAUCAGGACACGGAGAAAAACGAGAGAAAUGCCUCAAGGGAACCCAACCGUUUUUCACUGAAGAGUGAAGAGUCGAUGAACUUUCCAUUGUUCUUCAGAGAUGGAGACUGUUCUACUGAACUGAGUACACAAAAGAACACUGAGAAUUGCAAAAUGCUGGAUUUAAUAUUCAAGGAUCUUGAGCACAAAGUCAUCACUCUAUUGAAGAAUGAAUUAAAAAGGUUUAAGAAGCUCCUGAUCCCAGAUUACCCAGCAUGCACUGAGAGGGAAGUGGAGGAAGAGGAGGUUCAUCACAGUGUCAGAGAGGGAACGCUGAAGAUCACACUGCACGUUCUGAAGAACAUGAACCACGCAGAUCUCGCUAACACACUGCAGAACAAGGUGGGACUGCCCUCUGUGUAUCAGGACAAACUCAAAUCCAAACUUGUGGAGAAAUGUAAAAGAAUUCAUGAAGGAAUCUCACAGCAUGGAAGCUCAGCACUUCUGAAUGAGAUCUACACAGAGCUCUACAUCACAGAGGGUUGGAGUGGAGACGUCAAUAAUGAACAUGAGGUGAGACAGAUUGAGACAGCUUCCAGGACACCAGCAACACAGGAGACACCCAUCAAAUGUAAUGACCUCUUUAAAGACAAGUCCAUCAGACGAGUGCUGACUAAAGGAGUAGCUGGAAUUGGAAAAACAGUCUCUGUGCAGAAGUUCAUUCUGGACUGGACUGAAGGAAAAGCAAAUCAGGACGUCACCUUCAUGUUUCCACUUCCCUUUAGAGAGCUGAAUCUGAUGAAGGAGAAAAACGUCAGUUUGAUGAAGCUUCUUCAUCAUUUUUUCCCAGAAAUGAAAGAAUUACACUUCAUAGACUGCAAUGCCUACAAAGUGGUGUUGAUCUUUGAUGGUCUGGAUGAGUGUCGACUUCCUCUAGAUUUCCAGAAGAAUGAGAGAUUGUGUGAUGUGACAGAGUCAGCCUCAGUGGAUGUGCUGCUGACAAACCUCAUCAAGGGGAAUCUGCUUCCCUCUGCUCUCCUCUGGAUAACCUCUCGACCAGGAGCAGUCAAUCAGAUCCCUCCUGAGUGUGUAGACCAGGUAACAGAGGUACGAGGGUUCAGUGAUCCUCAGAAAGAGGAGUACUUCAGGAAGAGGAUCAGUAAUCAGCGAUUGGCCAAUAAAAUCAUCAGACACAUGAAGUCUUCAAGAAGCCUCUACAUCAUGUGCCACAUCCCAGUCUUCUGCUGGAUCUCAGCCACUGUUCUAGAGAGAAUGUUGGGUGGAGCAGAGAGUGGAGAGUCCCCCAAGACUCUGACUCAAAUGUUCACACACUUCCUGAUCUUCCAGAUCAAACACAAGGACCAAAAGUACCAUCAGAAAUGUGACCCUGAUCCUCAGCAGACCAGAGAGUGUAUCAUGGCACUGGGAAAACUGGCUUUCCAGCAGCUGGAGAAAGGAAACCUGAUCUUCUAUGAGGAAGACCUGAGAGAGUGUGGCAUUGAUGUCAGAGAAGCUUCAGUGUACUUAGGAGUGUGUACCCAAAUCUUCAGAGAGGAGUUUGGGCUUCACCUGGGAAAGGUGUUCAGCUUUGUACAUCUGAGCAUUCAGGAGUUUCUGGCUGCAUUAUACACAUUAAUUUCCUUUGUCUUGAAAAACAGAAAUCUCCUAAGAGAUCAAAACACUGGAGUGUUGCCUCUCUUAAAAAAGCAAACCAUGUCUGCAUUCCUGAGGAGUGCAGUGGACAAGGCCUUACAGAGUGAGAAUGGACACCUGGACCUGUUUCUCCGCUUCCUUCUGAGUCUCUCACUGGAGUCCAAUCAGACUCUCUUACAAGACCUACUGCCCCAGACAGGAAGCAGCUCUCACAGCAAACAGGAAACAGUCAAGUACAUCAAGGAGAAGAUCAAAAAGAAUCCCUUUCCAGAGAAAUCCAUCAAUCUGUUCCAGUGUCUGAAUGAUCUGAAUGACUAUUCUCUAGAACAGGAAGUACAAACUUACCUGAACAGAGGAGGUAACAGUUGUCUCAGUGGAACCAGACUCUCUGUUGGUCAGUGGUCAGCUCUGGUGUUUCUGAUGCUGAACUCAGAACAGGAGCUAGACGAGUUUGAUUUGACGAAAUAUGAUAGAUCUGAGGAAUGUCUUCAGAAGCUGCUAGUGGUGGUAAAAGCAUCUAGGAAAGCCUUGCUGUUUGGGUGUAAUCUGACAGAAGAAAGCUGUAGAGUUCUGUCCUCAGUUCUCAGCUCAUACUCCUCCAGUCUGAGAGAACUGGACCUGAGUAGCAAUAACCUGCAAGAUUCAGGAGUGAAGCUGCUCUCUGCUGGCCUGGAGAUGCCACAGUGUAAACUGGAGAUACUGAGGCUGCGUGAGUGUAACCUGACGGAGGAAAGCUGUAGAGUUCUGUCCUCAGUUCUCAGCUUAAACCCCUCCGGCCUGAGAGAACUGGACCUGAGUGUCAAUAAACUGCAAGAUUCAGGAGUGAAGCUGCUCUCUGCUGGUCUGGAGAAUCCACACUGUACACUGGAGAUACUGAGGUUAUAUCAGUGCAAUAUUAAAGGUGAAGGUUUUGCUGCUUUGGCUUCAGCUCUGAAAACAAACCCCUUAUCAAAGCUACGAGAACUGAACGUGAGCAGAAAUAAUCCAGGAGAAUCAGGAGCAAAACUGCUCUCUGAUCUACUGAAGGAUCCACGCUGUACACUGGAGACACUACAGAUCGAGACAUAACCACAGACAGGUGAUUAUGGUUGUGCUGUGCAAUAAAACUGAGAUGAUGUGCUGUGAGAUUGUGUUGCUUUGGCAACACCAACGUUCCUGUUGUUAAGCCUUCAGAAAGGACUGUUUUUUGUUUGUUUGUUUGUUUGUUUGUUUGUUUGUUUGUAAUCCUGAGUGCACAAACAUAGUAAAGUAAACACAAGUAAGCAAACAGUAACAGAGCGUUAAUACUUCUAUAAUUCAUUUUCAUGACUUAUAGUUUGCUACCAACACACAAGAAAUGUUUCAAAUGUAAUGAAUAAAAACAUUAGUGAUUGUGCUUUACAGGAAAAUAAUGAAUGUUGGGGUGGUUUGAUGGAGUUGAAUUACUUCUUAUCCAUUUAUAGUUACAUUGAAUGUUGUGGAACAUUGGUGAAACAAGAUAAUUCCCAUUCUCACCUACAUUAUAGUAGCUAUACAUCUAUCUAUCUAUCUAUCUCUCUCUCUCUCUCUCUCUCUCUCUCUCUCU